UACAGUGUGUCACCUCCUCUAUCGAUCGGAUUUUCGUCUCUGGGCUCUCUCAGUGCGAGUGGUUACAGCUGAGAGCACACUUAGCAUAUUGAGUACACACUGUUGCUAGGCAACCGUUAGCUAGCUAGGAUGCAGCCAUUCCACUAGUAAUCCAGACAGUGUGGAGACACAGAGAGAGAGAGAGAGAGAGAGAGAGAGUAUUCCGUCAAAGGCUAACAGGACACUGUGAUGUAACAGCGUUAGCAUCAGCGUUAACUUCUGUUCUAGCUUCCAUGGUUUCUUACUAUCAUCAGAUCAUUCAGGAAAUCUAAACUGUAUAUUUUUAAAUAUCCGUAAAGUGAAUACAAUAUUUUUAUUAACAUAGUGGAAUGCAGUCCUAGUGGAAAAGAUGCUAGUACAGCACUUAGUGUUAGCGAUUUAUUUUUAUUAAAGAUGGCUAUUUAUGGCUUGUUUAUUAACUAAAUAAAGUGAACAUUAGUUGCUUUAGGCAUGUUUGUGGUUUGUGGUUAAUUACACACACACACACACACACACACACACAGCGGAGCGGAGCGGAUGCGAACACAACCAACGCUAAAGACAAGACUUCCUCUGUGUGUGUGUGUGUGUGUGUGUGUGCAUGUGUGAAUAUGUUCUUCCUGACUUCUGCAUCACUUCAAAAUUAGCGCUCAGCUCUGGUCCUCAUGUUUUUCUCCGUGGCCAGGCGUGGCGUUCAUAAGAGCAGGUUUAAGCGCUAGUCGAGUGUGUAGGUUUGUGUGUGUGUGUGUGUGUGUGUGUGAGAGAGUUUGAAGGUUCCAGCACAAUAAGGAUGGAAGGGUUGGAGAUGUACCACGGGGCGAUCAGUAAAGAGCAAGCGGAGAGGAUUCUGGGGGCCACCGGUCAGGACGGAAGCUUCCUGAUCCGAGACAGCGAGAGCGUCCCGGGGACCUACUGCAUCUGCGUGCUAUUUGAUCGGUAUGUGUUCACCUACAGGCUCUUCCAGGUCGAAGGUAACGUGUGGAAAGCUGAGACAGCUCCCGGGGUAAAAGAGCGACUCUUCCGAAAUGUCCAAAAUCUCCUGAACGUGUUCAAGGACCCGGACCAGGGCAUCGUCAUGCCGUUGCGUUUUCCUGUAAAGCAUCCUCAAGCUAAAUGCAAACCUCCUCCACUGCCACGCAAACCCAUCCCCCUUUAACACAUAACCACAGAAACCCACCAUGUCCUGACUCUAAACAUUCCUUUCAUUUGGUUAGUGUUGUAUCCCGAUUUCUGUUUGAGUUCUUUUAGUCAGGAGAACGGCAUGCUGCAUGAGAGAAUCUCUGGGCAGAUUUCUGAAACAUUUAAUUUCAGUAAUUUACAUAAUAUAAAAUAAAAAAAUAAGUCAAUUAGUGACAGAAAUAUUUACACUUUUUUUUGGCAGCUAAAAACCUUUAAGUAUUUAUUCAUAUUUUUUUAAAAUUUUAUUUACAAUUCUAAGAUGGAACAUCGUCUCAAAGACCUUAAAUUCAGAAUCUGAUUCAUUUAUUCCUGGAUGUUUUUAUUUUCAACAAUACCUGUAAAUAGUGUUUUUAAAUAAAUCCACGAUUUUUUUUUUUUUGCUA